AUGAAUAGGAGUAUUACUCAAAGUCCCGGCAGAUAUUAUGUUAACAAUUCAAAGAUUGAAAUAUAGUAACCUGUGCAUAAAACAAAAUACUUCUCAGGAAAAAAAGAUAAUUCAUACAACAAUGCAGCACCUACAUUUGAUGAAUAUGAUAAGUGGCUAGAAUAGGAGAAAGCCCAUAAGUAACUGAAUAUUAUGAACAGAGAAGUAGGUGAACUAAGAUCAGACAAGCAAGCAUUAGAAAAUGAAAAAAAAUAAAAAGAUUUCGAAAUAUAAAAACUUCUUGCAGAAAAAGAAUAUUUAAUGAGAAAUGCCACUUAAAAUAAUGGUAAACUGAAAGACAUAAAGAAAUCAAAUAUUUAUAAUGUUUAAGAAGAAAAUGAAAAAUUAAGAAGAGAAUUAGAUGAUUAAAAAUAAAAGGAGUUAUAAAUGUAGACUAUGAUCUAGAAUUAAAAAUAAUAAAUUGUUGACUUAGAAUCUAGAUACAGAAAUACUAACAAUCAUAGUACAAUUAAUGGAAGACCAAAACCUCUUCUUACUGAAGAUGAUGAAGAAGGAGCUCACCCUAAAAAAUUUGGAUAUAGCUAAGGAAAUUAUGGAAAUUAAAGUACAAGAAAUAAUACACCUACAAAUUCAUUUAGACUAAGAAAAUAAAAAUAUAUGACACCAAAUAAGGAAUAUCCUUAAUCGACUACAAACGGACUAAAAAUUGAAGAGUGGUAACCAAGAAAUUUUACUCCUCAUGAUCAAACAACAGAAAGAAGAAGAAGUUUGGCAAAUAAUAAAAGUAUAUUUUAAGAUCCUAGUUUAAAUCCAACUUAUUUGAAAACAAACGAAAAAACAUUUAAGAGCUUUGACACUACUGCAUUAAAAGAAUAGUUUACUAAAAUUCAACCCUUUGAUUAUGACACAAUUAUGCCAGGAUUUGAUCCGAAUGUUGCUUCAAGAGAUGAAAUGAAUUAAUACAUCGGUAUCCUCAAAAAACAGUUUGCAAUUUAAGAAAGGAAAUAUAUUAAUGAGAUAGAAAACUUAAGGAUAAAAAUUUAACGUAUUGAAAUAGAGAAAUUGGAGAUCCUAGACUAAAGCAAAUAAAAAGAGUUACAAGCAGCAGAGUGCGAGAAUAAACUUAAAGAUAGAGAAAAAGAAUUGAGUCUUGCUUAUAUAAGGCUAAAAAAUCCCGAAUAAAAAUUAAACAAUGCAAGUAACUAUAGUGUAAAUACUCUUCCUCUCUCUAGACAAGAUUUAUAAAAGAAUUCAAGAAUAUAAAAUAUCGAAACCCUUAAAGGAUCUCUCAGCUCUGAGGAUCUCAUGAUCAUAGCUACACAUGCAAAGCUAAGCAAAAUAACAAUAUGGAGUUCUUCAGAUCGUAUUUAAGGUUUAACAUUUUAAUAUACGAAACCUGAUGGAAAUACACUUGAAGCAGAUAAUUCAUAUUUCUUUUAGAGAAAUUACAGAUACGAUACUUUUGCUGUUCAAGAAGAAGAUACAGUUUAAAUAAUAGGAAAAUAUAACAUUAAAGGUGUUAAGUACAUUUAAAUAAACAACUAAAAAGGCCCACAUAAAAAAUAUAGACCUGUUGGUAUUUAAGAAGAAGAAUCUGACACUGAUGAGUCUUUUGUUAUUCCUAUUAACAGAGAUUGCAACAUUCUUAAAGUGAUGUUCCCUAAUAUUUUCAGCUAUGAUAUGAAAGGAGCUAAAAUAUAUGACCGUCAUCAUCAAAAUUUUAUAUACGUAGAAACCAAUAGAAUCUCGUCCCUAUAAAAUGCAGAAGUUAUAUGGAACAGAGAAGUUUUAGAUAGAAAAAAUAAAAAAGACCCUAUGGAAGGAAAAAGGACAGAUAGUCCUCCAAGAUCUUUUAAUAUUCCAGGAUCUGGUAAGGGUAUUUUACCAUAAGCUUAGGCUUAAAAUCAAGAUGAAAAUGUUGAAUCUACUAUGAACCCUGAGGGUGCUAAAUACUAUUAUUCUGAUAAUAUAGAUGCAUAUAAACUCAAUGAAGUUAUGGAUUCACCUGACGGAGGAAAAAUUAAUUUCUCUGACGGAGAACUCAUAUUCAUGGAAAAAAAACUUAAAAUAUUUAAAGUGCUUAUAUGGGCUGAUGAAAAUUAUGUUUAUGGUUUAAAAUUCAGCUAUUUAACUCCAGAUGGCUUUAAUUUAAUUGAAGGUAAAUAGCAUGCUGGUAUUGAUAUACAGCAUCUAAGCUACAAAGAAGUUGACCUUUCAAAUCCUGAAAUAUUCCUUUCUCGUAUAUAUUUCUACAGAAGAGAUAAUCUUUAUAUUGAAAAGUUAGUCUUUUUACUUUCUAAUGGUUAAAAAUUUUCUUGGGGAAGACAAGUUCCCUCUAGAGAAGCUAAAGAAUGCUUAAUAGAAUUAAAAUAAGUUUCUUCAUAUGUAUAUGGAUCUCUAAUACCAAUUCCUUAAAUGUAAACUCCUGGAUAACUGGUUUUGUCUAAUUUAAGGGUAUCAGAAAUACGCUGA